AUACUAUUCAUAAGCCAUGGCUUCUGGAGCUGGAAAACCUGCAACAUUCUUCCUCUUGUUCGUCAACGUCGUGCUUUAUUUGAUCAUCAUCGUACUGGCUUCGUGGUCGGUCAAUCACGCCAUCGAAAAAACACAUGAACAAGCUUCGGUUUUGAGUAUUCCGGCAAGAAUAUUCCCGAUAUACUUCCCGUUUGGCAACAUGGCAACGGGUUGCGUGGUUCUCUUGUCUCUGUUAGCGGGCGUUGUCGGGUUUGUGACGAUGGUCACCGGAAUGAAUAAUGUAGCUCAAUGGGAUGCUUCCAAUUUAUAUGCAGCUUCUGCUUCUUCUCUAAUCAGUUGGUCAUUGACAGUGCUUGCCAUGGGAUUUGCCUGCAAAGAGAUAGAUAUUGGUUGGAGCAGUUCCACCUUGCGUGCAUUAGAGACUGUAUUGAUAAUUGUAACGGGGACACAGUUAUUCAGCAUGAUUGCAAUUCAAUCCGGGAUUGAAGAAGUUUCAAGGUACAGCGGAGGAAGAGUUUAAGCAUCGAAGGUGAAAAAGAAGAUAAAACUCCACAUUAAACCUGAAUUUGUUGUUGGAUUUCUUUAUUUUGG